GCGCUUCGCCCCAGUUCAAGCUUAGAGAAGCCGAGUCCAGCUGGCGCCAGUGCUGACAUAGGAUGCUGCGGGGAUGUUACAGGCCACAAGCACUGAGGCUGCCCCCUGACUAACUCCCGGCUCUCCUCCUCCCCGGCCCCUCACUCAGCUCAUUCCGGGACUCUGCGCUCUGCCCGGCUCCAGCGAUCUGCUCCUGUGCUGCUGUGCGUCAGAUCCUCACUCCCAGGACUAAAGGGAACAACUCACUUUCACUUUGAAGAGCCGAAGCCUCACUAAUUGGAAGGAGACAAAUAUCUGGGCGAUCUCUGGAGAGAACUUUGCCCUCGCAAUGGAAGUGGCUACUGACCAGCCCCGCUGGAUGGCACACCAUGCUGUGCUGAAUGGGCAGCACCCAGACGGCCAUCACCCUGGGCUGGCACAUAACUACAUGGAGCCCACUCAGCUCUUACCCCCAGAUGAAGUCGAUGUCUUCUUUAACCACCUGGACUCUCAGGGCAACCCUUACUAUGCCAACUCUGCCCAUGCCAGGGCAAGGGUGUCUUACAGCCAAGCUCACGCUCGCCUGACUGGGAGCCAGAUGUGCCGGCCUCACCUGUUGCAUAGCCCCGGGCUGCCCUGGUUGGAGAGCGGGAAGACUGCCCUGUCCGCUGCCCAUCACCACAACCCUUGGACUGUCAGCCCCUUUGCCAAGACCCCACUUCACCCCGCGGCCGCCGGUGGCUCCUUGUACCCGGGCACCGGCUCCUCUGGCGGCCCCUCCUCCCACACGAGUCCGCACCUGUUUGGUUUCCCCCCCACCCCCCCCAAGGACGUGUCCCCCGACCCAGGCACCGCGGCCUCCCCGCCCUCCUCUUCCCGGCUUGAGGAUAAGGACAGCAUUAAGUACCAGGUGUCCCUAUCUGAGGGCAUGAAGAUGGAAGGGGGCAGCCCCCUAAGAAACAGCCUGGCACAAAUGGGCACCCAGUCUACCCACCAUCCCAUCCCUACCUACCCUUCCUAUGUGCCAGCACCACACGACUACAGCAGCGGCCUCUUUCACCCUGGCAGUCUCCUUGGAGGUCCGGCCUCUAGUUUCACCCCUAAACAGAGGAGCAAGAGCAGAUCCUGCUCAGAAAGAAAUCCGGUUUCUUCGUCUUUCCAUUUAGAAGGGAGAGAGUGUGUCAACUGUGGAGCUACAGCCACCCCCCUAUGGAGAAGAGAUGGGACCGGCCAUUAUCUGUGUAACGCCUGUGGCCUCUAUCACAAAAUGAAUGGUCAAAACCGGCCACUCAUUAAGCCCAAGCGGAGACUGUCAGCGGCCAGAAGAGCGGGCACCUGCUGCGCCAAUUGCCAGACCACCACUACGACGCUAUGGAGACGCAAUGCUAAUGGGGACCCUGUGUGCAACGCCUGCGGACUCUACUACAAAUUGCACAAUGUGAACCGGCCCCUGACCAUGAAAAAGGAAGGAAUUCAGACCAGAAAUAGGAAAAUGUCCAACAAGUCCAAGAAAAACAAGAAAGGAUCUGAGUGUUUUGAGGAACUUUCCAAGUGUAUGCAGGAGAAGUCGUCUCCCUUCAGCGCAGCGGCCCUGGCCAGUCACAUGGGUCCUAUGGGCCACUUGGGACCCUUCACCCAUUCAGGGCACAUCUUGCAGACCCCGACUCCCAUCCACCCUUCCUCCAGCCUCUCCUUUGGGCACCCACACCACUCCAGCAUGGUGACAGCUAUGGGAUAAAUAAUAGCCAAUGUGGGCAAGUGGCCUUUGCUGAGAAGACAAUGUCACAAAAUCAUUUGGACCUGGGCAAUGGCAGCGGGUGGAUCUCCACUUUGGACACAACAGGGCUACUCGGUAGGACCAGAUAAGCACUUUGCUCCCUGGACUGCAAAAAAAAAAAAAAAAUGAAAUGGAUUUAUCUGUUUGCUUCUUGCUGACAAAUCUCUGUUAAAGGUAAAAGUCGGACACAAUAAGUGUUUUUUUUUUUUUUUUUCACCCGUGUGAAAAUACUGUGAAUAUUGUAAAUAUAUAUAUAUAUCUGUAUAGAACAGCCUCGGAAAGGCGGCAUGGACCCAGUGUAGAACAUGCUGGAUUUGUACUGCAGACUUGUUACAGAAGACAUCUUUAUAUUAAAAUAAUUAUAUCUAAGGCUUAAUUUAAAAAAAAAAAAAAAAAUGCAAAAAAAAAAAAAAUAUUUAUUUUGGUCCUGAUUUGUUUUCAAUCUGCCUCUGCCCCCACGCUGGGCUCAGCCACUCUCUCCUAGAGCCCCCUAUUUGCUAUGUGCUAUGGACAAGACCACCAUAAGGCCUCUGACCUAUCUUUAACCUCCUGCCCGCUGGAGGGCUCCUGGCGUGGAGCAGUUUCGGAAUAGCAUGAAAGCAAACAAAUAUUAAACAGAAUACGAGUUUUAUGCGGUUCCUUCUAAGUGAUUGCACCUGGGUUAAGGUUUGUCAUUUCACUGGCAACGUUCCCUAUAACAUUCUUUGUUUGCACAUAAUAGGCUUCCUUUAAAGUGCUGUUCCCUGAAAUAGUCACAUUAAAAAUAAUUGAAACAAGAUAAAGACGCUUGGCUUAUGUUUUUGGGCUUAUUUCGGAGCAGGGUAGAGUGGGUCAGUUUUAUUGUGGCCUUUAGCUGUUCCCUGGGCACCCUGGUGGUCUCCAUUUGUCCGUUGCAGGUCUCCAGUUGUGCCUAGGUUCCCUCUGGAAUACUGGGAGUUGUAGUACAACACCAGCUGAAUAGGCUGAUGAUUUCAAAGUUUGCCCAGUAGUUAAUAUGCUUGUUAUUUUCCUUGUUCUUCCAUAUACACGGGCAGGCUGUAGUCCUUUAUGUCAUUAACCCAGAAGAGGAGGCCUGACAUUCACUGGGCAGGACAGCCAGUAUUAACAAGCAGACUCAUUAACAGCCCCCUCCCUUCCCAUAAAUAUCAUACAGAUUAAUUCAUAUUCAAGUCCAUUCAUCUGUGAUUUAUUAAAAAAAAAAAGGAAAGUCAAUUACCUAACAGGCAGAAAUUUAAUGUUCUUUCCAGCGUGGUGUGUAAUAUAUUGAUUGCUUGGUCUUGGAACAUCAUUUUAUGAGCAAUAUCCAUUAUAGCAUAAUGAUGUAUAUAUUUAUUCGGGAUACAAAAUGAUCUCUUUGGUGUAGGGAUAUACCAAAUAGACUGUGCGUUGCAGUUUAACCCAGCCUCGUGUAUCCAAAAAGCGAAUGUAUUACUAGGACAAAAACACAUCUGUAAUGUAUAUUUUUGUUCUGCCAUGUAUAAAGCAGUCAUUUGAUAUUGCAUUGAAUAUUAAAGGGCCAAGCCGCUAUACUUAUACAGUCCAAUACAGGAAGGUAUCAAUGUGCUGCACACCUCUCCAGGUGAAAAUGGGUUAACUGUAAAGCGGGGCUUGGGGGUUCUGUGUUGUAGGAAGGUUGAAUUUAAAUCAGACAAAAGUGGUCCUGCUAAAUUUCUUUAGCAUCUUUGUAGCCAGAGGGGCUUGAGGGUCUCCGCUCCAUAAAUGUGGCUGGAACCUUCAGCUUGUGUGUUUGUGGGACUGGUACACAAUGGAGACAAUUGCCUUUUGACCAAAGCAUUCUAGACUUGUGCGACUACAACUCCCUGCACCCUCAGACAGCAGGGAGUUGUAGUAGGAGACCUAGGUUGACGUCCCUACAAUAACAGGCCGCUCUGGCUGCAAAGUCGCUAGUGCUUUAUGGUACAAGCUGUAAAUUAUUUUGUACCUUUUUAUAAAAGGGGAUUUUUGGGAAAAACGUUACUGAUACAAGAGAAAUUUUAAAGUGCAAUAUGUUGCCGGCCCUGCGGGGCAGCAAAGCUCUGCAGUCCCAAGACAUAAAUUAUUUUGUAUCGGUUUCAGCAGAAAAAAAAAUUCUACAGUAUUUUUUUUUAUUUACUUGUUUAUUUUGAUUAGUGACCUUAAGUUAUUGUCGGUUCUGUACACCAUGUUUAUAUAUUGUCUGUAUAAAGUGUAUGCUAUACUCCUACUCCAUGAAGGUGAAUAUUGCUAAAAAUAAAAUAACUUUUUUUGUUGAA